UAAUAUUAGUUUCGAAACUAUCCGCAACAAGAAGACAAAGAAAAACAUAGUGAUCCAUUGGUUCGCAGCCGACGAAAGCGGCGGAGUUUACUGAGCUUUCGAGCCAAUGGGAAUACGUUGGCUUGCUAAAAAUACAUUUUGAAUCACAGUAGGAGGAGAUGAAACGAAACCUCCUUCGCGAAAGGCGAGAAAUACUCUUACAAGUACGUAUCUCUAUCCGAGCAAGACGAGUAACUCAGCUAAGGGAACAAUUCAGUCAACGCCGCGUAUUUAAAAAGAAUCGAACGGAUAUAAUAUAAAGCGAACUUGACAAAAAUAUCGGAAAAGAAAAUUUUUAGGCAAGUUUUAUCAAACGCAAUGGAAGAGAAUAGUUCAUGAAAAAAGUAACUUUUCGCACAUGUCAAAAAUAUACAUGUAAUGUGUGCAAAUUCUUCCUGUGUUACUUAAUUGAGAACCGAAAUUACUGGUAAUGCGUAUAACGAGGAACGAGAACAUUUCUGUAUAAAAUAUCUCAAAUACGAAAAGAAUGUUUUAAUCCAAUUGUGAGAGAAUUUGCGGGACUUGUUGAACGUGUCGAUGAUCAUGUUAUGAGAUGUAUACUGUGGAAUUGCAAACACUGUGGAACAAACGUGUUUAAUGUCGAUCGCAUAUUAAAUAAUCUGAAAGUAUUAGUUUAUCGUACUUGAACAACUUGAGAUUUGAUUCAAACUAACAUAUUCCAUCUGUUAAAUUUAAUUCCGUUAAUUAUACGUGUCAUUUUCUCUCUCUCUCUCUCUCUCCUCUCUCCCUCUCUGUUCUCUCCCUUCCUCAAGAUAAUAUUAAAAUCAGAAUGAAAACUGGCGAAGGCACUUCGACUUCGAGUCGUUUGAGUACAAACACAAACGUGGAGCAACGUUUAAGAAGUCCGAAGUGCGCGAGAUGUCGAAAUCACGGUGUAAUAUCCGGCUUGAAAGGUCACAAGAGAUCCUGUGCAUGGAAAGAUUGCCGAUGUCCUUGUUGUCUUCUAGUCGUCGAAAGGCAGCGGGUGAUGGCAGCGCAAGUCGCUCUACGUAGACAACAACAAGCGCAAGGCGGCAAUCUUUUAUCUUCAGUAAAUAAAAUAUCAGCGGACACUGUAAGUCCUUAUUACACUAAAGCAAAAUACAACGAACCUGCCUGUGGUAGAAGAACCAAGAAUUUUCAAAGGCAUCAUUUACAUUUCACGCAGACGAGUAUCAGCGUGACGCAGGACUUUUAUGGAUUAAAUACCGUACAUAGUUUACCUGGCGCAUUAUCAGCCGAUCCUGCACGUUUGCUGAGCAAUUUAUCUUCUCUGGAGUGCGAUCAAAAACAAGAAGCUGAACCCAUACUGAAGAUAGAGUCUUUCCAUUCUGCAUACCCGACAAUGGUUCCGUGGUUCAAUGAGGUAACGCAAUCAUACAUAGCGAAUGGAGAGUUGAAUAAUUUUAUUUCUACGAGAGAUUUGCGAAGCUGUCCUACUACAACCAAUAAACCUUGUUUAGAAAAAAAAGCGCCAAUUUCCUUCAGCGUGGAAUCUAUUAUCGGUACGAAAUAAUAUACUAUCUGUAUUUUAAUUGUUUGAGUACCAGCGGGCUAUUACCUAUUCAGAUUCCGAUCUGGCAAUUUGAGAAUUGCCAACGAUAUUGCAACCGCAUUAGCAGUCGUACAUGUAUGUACUUAAUGAACACUCACAUCGAACGGUCAAUAUAUAUCGCACUUAUCUUUCAGCAAUAGUUUAUUACAGGAUGCAUUUUUUAAUAAGAAACGAAGUGAGAUAUCUUACCCGAAUUCAUUAAUUGGUACUUGAACGAUUAAUCCCGCCGCGGUGAACUGAAUAAUCUUACAAAUAGUAUAUGCACCAAUUAGUACGUAUAAAAAAAAAAAGAAAAAAACGAUAUUUUCACAAACAUUGUGCAAAUUAUUUAAUAACAGUCAUAUGUCAAUCAACACUUUAAUAUAUCGUAUAAUAAAGUGUAUCUUACUUCCUCGUUGACUAUAUAUACGUGUGUGUGUGUGUGUGUGUGUGUGUGUGUGUGUGUGU